CACCCGCUAUACCAAGUGCGCGAUAAAACGCAGCGUUGCUAAAAGUGGGACAACACGGCUCACGUUUUCCGUCGACAGCGAAGACUGACCGCUGUUGCAGUGGCAAGUACGUCUGAGAUAGUUCAGCCAUGAGCGAUGAAUUUCAGCGGAAAAGUGGCCCUGGUCACUGGCGGAGCCAUGGGUCUAGGAAAAGCAAUCACAGAUCGCCUUCUUCAGCAAGGCUGCCGGGUUGCAUUCAUUGACUUGAAUGAACGUGUUGGAUUGGGCACGGAGCGUACCUUCAAAGAAACAUAUGGAGAGGACCGCGUCAUAUUCAUGAAAUGUGACGUAACUAACGAUGAAGCCUUCGAAGAUUGUUUCGUUCGUGUGAAGAAGAAAUUUGGACGCUUGGACAUUGUGGUCAACAACGCCGGUUACGCCGGUGAAGAACGGUGGCGAAGGAUAUUUGAGAUAAACACGAUGGCAGUGUACUUCGGAACCCUCUUGGCGCUAAAAUAUAUGGGAAAGGACAGAGGUGGAGAAGGUGGCUACGUUAUCAACGUCGCAUCUAUCGCAGGAUUAAUAGUCUGCCCUCCCAUACCUGCCUACAACGCAUCCAAGUACGGCGUCAUCGGACUCACAAGGGCAUUUGGGACUGAUCUGUACUAUUCCCGCACGGGAGUGAAAGUGAGCUGCCUGUGCCCUGAACCCAUGGAGACAGACUUGUGGCGUGGCAUAACCACUUUCUGUCAGGAAAUAGCCCUAAACACACCUUACAUCACAGAGAACUACAGCAGUGGUGUCCAAAGACCUGAGAAAGUCGCCGAAGGAGUGAUUAAACUAAUUCAAGAUGGCUUCAACGGUGCGGCACUUCUUUCCCUUCAUGAUGAAGGACUAGUGUAUCAUGAAUUUGCGAGUGUCAGAUGAUUCUACCCAGCGUUGUGCGCCACACGGAUUUCCAAUAUGUGCAAAUUUCUGUCGUUCACAUCUGAUUCACAGAGUAUUUAUGAGGACAUUAAUCACUGAACUUCAAUUGCAGAAAUGUUUAAGGGCGGGUGCACUCGCACUUAAUUUACUACUGAGAAAAUACACAACUCAGAUGCUUACGCUGGUACCCAGCGCGCCCCUGAACUAAGGGCAUAAAAUAGACGAUGCUGUUUUGCUCACGUACAAACACAAAAGAAUAAAUACGUGAGACUAUCUGAA